UCACUUUCUCAUUGGUCGAUGAAAUUGUAAACACAUCUUACCAGCUCCAAGUUCGGAAGGGAGAAAACAUGGCAUUGCAAAUUCUGUUUCAACACGUCAAGGACUUAGCAAUAUUAGGUACACCUGGGCACACAUCUCUUGAGACGGUUACAUCUGAAGUAGGAAAGAUCAAGAAGAGUUUAUGGCAAGAUGACCAGAGUGAAACAGCACAAGAUACUGAAGAGGAGUCAAGUUUUCGACUGCAAAUACUCACAACUUAUAGACGACUCCUAUCAGCUGUCAAUACAAGCAGUUUGGAUGUCAGAUUGGAAUGUGGCUUUUUGGUUGUUGCCAUAUUACACGGAAUACAAAGUGUUUUAGAAAAGGAAAUUCAGAACCCUCGUAAGCCACCUGUUAACGCCCAGAGUAAAGUGGGUCGCAAAAAUGCAGCUCAGAUACCUCCUGCACCACCAGACCUGAUCAGUGUGCAACAGGCAAAGGAUAUAGAGGCAGUGUGUCGGGUCCUUUUCUAUACUGCAGUGCUGGGGUGCCUAGACAGUGAGGCAUCAAUCUAUGUGAAAAUGAUGCUUGUAAAGAACAAGUUUGUAUUGGGGAGCGACCUGCCUUCUGUACCACAGGAAUGCAGACACGCUGUCCUUGGCGAAAUCUUCAGGAAUCUUCUACCUGUGAUGAAGCACGAAACACUAGGAACUUGCAUGCGAGGGCCACUGUUCCCUGAGGUUUUAAGUUCCAUACUGCAGCUGUGCUUUGGCCCUGUGGAUGUAAAAAAUUUCCCUGAAGACACAGCCUUCUUCCGGGAUCAGAUGGAAAGCCUCUUCUUGUGCAUGGACAACAACCAUGCAAUUCAACAAAUUUUACUUCUCAAGGGUUUGGCACAGCGAGGGGUUUGGUUCAAAAAGGUGUGUGGAUUGCUCCUUGUUCGCAGGUUCAUGUUUCAGCCGGGUGGGGUUGCUGCAGUUAUUGGGGCUGGCCUUUCCAUCUGUAAUGGCAGGGACUGGCAGCAGUGUGAGGCAGUUGCUAGCUUGAUUGCCCAAGCCAAGAUCAGUAACAUGGAUCAAUUAUAUUCUACUGCUGGACCACAGAUAGCAGAACUGUUGCUGCAAGAGGAACUGAAGCCAGAAAUCUUGCGAGUGGUUGUGCUAACUGUGGCUCAAAUGGCCAGACGCUCAGCCUCACUCACGGCACUGCAUGUUACCUAUUCUCUUCUAAAACCCUUGGUUGACACAACCACAGCUGAGGCUGCAAGAAUAUUUGCUAGCUCUGAUGCAAACCUCACACUCUGCAUAACCCGAAUUCACAAGCUGUUUGUAGAGAUUGCCACUCCGACUGUUGCACUCACCAGCCUGCUUCAGCCUGUCUUGUGUCCCCUGAUGGCAGUUGCUGCUCUGAUGACGUCACAUCUCCGUUCCAAAGCCCAGCAGAUUCUGGUGAG